GUUCUAAAUUUAGGAGGUUAAUAAAGUAAUAGUGCAACCGAACCCUAAGAAGUUUUAGUCCCUGCCUUUUUAAAACCCUUGUUCCCCUCCGCCACCCUUCCUUCUUCUCAAGACCGUUUCUUCUCACGAAUCCUCCAGAUUUAAGACAGUCUUCCUGAGUUAUUAGAGGUUUAUCCUAACAAAUCUGUGAAGGGUUGAGAAAAAAUAAACAACUAUUUUUAAUGGCAUCUAGAGUUUCAUUAAAGACUAAAGGUAAAGGAGGGAAGGGGUCUAAGGGCUCGGAUGAGAAAUCAACUACGCAGUGCUUGAAAGAGUGGAGCACAUGGGCUAUGAAGAAAGCCAAAGUGGUAACGCACUAUGGCUUCAUUCCUCUGGUGAUCAUUAUCGGCAUGAACUCUGAACCCAAGCCCCAACUUUAUCAAUUGCUAAGCCCUGUCUGAUUCAGUUGCUUAUUUCUUAACCACCCAGAUCUUGGUUUAACUAUGUAAUUUGUUUGUUGCCUAUCUGUCGAAACUACAUGGUAUUAUGUUAGGCAUAUGCUUUAUAUGAUGUUGACUGUUCUAUUCUAUGUGCUUGAGAAUACAUUUUAUGUAAUUCGAAUCUUAUUUGAGUUUCUCAAUAUUUUCUUUUACUCA